CAGCUUGCAGGGUCCUGCAGUUGGGAGUUGGGGCGACUACUUUGCAGCCUCGGGUGUACGCUAUCUGGCGGCUGCGAUCUGCAUUGGCUGCCACGCGUCAUGAUCACAUAUGCCAGGGGACGGAGUAAGGAAACUGGAAAGCUACGCCUUUAUACCGCCAGUCGUAUUUAUACCCGUGUUCCCUCUCGCAUAUACCUCGUGGACUGUAGACAUCUGUAUAUUUGGAUCUGCAUUGGAUCGUCAGCAGAUCCCAUCAUCAGAUAUACUACAAUCCCAUCCCUGUUCAUUCCUUCACCCUUCCCCUCUCCUCCACCAUUCCCUUCUGCAUCCUUUUCCUCCGUCCUCGAGCCCCUCCUCCCAUCGCCUCCGGUUUGCACUCGCUGGCUCCUUCUCAUUCAACAUAACCUAUUUCGUACGAUGCAGCUCACCGCCUCCCUCCUCGCGCUCUUGACGAUCGCAACGGGCCUCUCGUCCACGAUGGGCACGCCGCUCGGUCUUGCGUUUCGGCGCUCGAUUCACGACGAAUUCUUCAACCCUCCGGCUGAUUUCUCAGCCAAAUCACAUGGCAGCAUCCUCAAGCAUCGUAAAGUCGACGUCAGCGGCUUGAACAUCACCGUUCCUGUCCAUGCCGCUUACCAGCUGCUGUACAAAUCGUGGGACCCGAUCCUACACGAACCGUUUGCCACUCCUGCCACGAUCAUCGUGCCUGCUGGAAACAAGGCGGCCGUCGAGGGCAAAAGCAAGGAGAAGAGCGGAAAGGACAAAAAGAAGCAACUGAAGAACAAGAUUUCGUUCCACCAGGUCGCUUACGACUCAGCGUACAAGGCUUGCGGACCGAGCUUCCAGCUCGCUAAUGACUCUCAUGUUGAUCCCACCGGCACGGACCUGCCCCUUGUGGAGCUCUUGCUCUCACAGAACAUCACUGUCGUCCUUCCUGACUAUGAGGGCCCUCGUGGUGCAUUCAAUGUCGGACCCGUUGAAGGGAACGGCGUGCUCGACGCCGUGCGCGCCGUGCUGGGCUUUUCGCCUGUCGUCCCCUGGCGCGAGGAGGCGGCCGUCGUGCUGGACGGCUACUCGGGCGGAGCGAUCGCGACGGGUUGGGCACUGCAGCAGCAGAGCUCGUACGCACCUGAACUGAUUCACAACAUCAAAGGCGCGACACUUGGUGGUCUGCCGAGCAAUGCUACGGCGGACUUUUUGAAGCUGGACGGUACUAUCGCUUCUGGUCUUGUCGUCAGUGGGCUCACAGCCCAGUCUAACAUUUUUGACUCCUUCAAGAAGUACUUCAAGCGCCACCUGAAUGACGCAGGUCGCAAGGCGCUCGCGCUCGCUGAGAGCUCCUGCUUGACCGCAGACGAGGCGGUAUACCCUCACGUCAAAUUCUUCGAGACGUUCACCGACCAGACGCAGGCGCAGGCAUUGCGAGACCCUCUGCUCACCUCUGCGCUUUCGCGCCUUGUGCUCGCAAAAUCUAACAGCGCCGUGCCGCAGGUACCUGUCUUCCUCUACUCGAGCGAGGUGGACGACAUUGUCCCGCACGAGGACUCGGUGCGCUACCGUGACUCAGUGUGCAGCCGCGGCGUCAAGUCGCUCGAGUUCCUUAACGUCCUUGGGACCAACCACACUGAGACACAGGCCGCUGUCUUCCCCCGGAAAGCGUACCCGUACAUCCUGCAGCGCUUUGCAGGCGUACCAGCAACGCCAGGCUGCACGGAGAGCACAUUUGAUGCCUCGGGCCUCUGAGCUGCCCUUGCAACUAUGUUUUGUAUCUUGGCGCAGCGUGCGGACCGCGCUCGUUGCAAGCGGAGGUCCCUCCGGCUUGAAAGUCGAUGGAACGAUCAGACAUUCACCUCUUUGCUUUUAACAUGGACGAUGUAAGGGAACGCUGUAAUGCAGGCAGGCAUUCACACCAUCAAAACUUU